AUGACGGAUGAAGGUGACUGGGAAGAGUAUAUAGUUCUCGGGCCCCGAGGCACGGAGUUUCUUGAGACGGCAAACAAACCCCUUUCAAAUGCUCCGCAUGCGCCUAUAUCCUACCAGUAUGCGGCGCAACUGACCGACUAUUGUACACGUGAAGUGAUGGCCGUGUUACCAACAGAGAGUGAUCGGCAUAAAAGUCAUGAACUUGUCAAAAUCAUGCAGUCUGUUGUUGAAAAGCGUUUCCCAGAUUAUGGACUUGUUGUCUGUCUCUUUGGGUCGGCAGGAAGUCAGCUCGAGGUUCGAGGGUCAGACGUUGAUAUCUGCCUUCGUAGUUCAAAAUGGAAGCCGGUCGACAAGGAGGAACUUUUUGGAUUUGUCAAUCGCUUAAAAAAUGCUAUUCGGCCACAUGGAAUGACCGUUACCCAAACUGUUUUGCGUUCGAAGUCGCCGUUGUUGAAGAUUUGGAUUGAUCAGUUGAAGCUACAUUGCGACCUGACUCUUCCUUUUGAUAGCGGGUAUGCCUUGGAGAAUACUAACCUCAUUCGAUCUUAUUGCGAUAUCGAUCCUCGCGUCCGCCCGUUGAUCACCAUGAUUAAGACCUUCGCGAAACGUCGAUUUAUCAACAAUGCUGCCACGGAUGGAACUCUAAAUUCAUACUCUCUUGUCCUUAUGAUCAUUGCGUACCUGCAAAUGCUGCGGCAACCAAUUCUUCCAGUGCUUCAGCAAGAGAAGCCGACUAGGAUCAGAACUUACAAGGAAAACGGCAAGGACAUCGAGUUAUCCUAUUGCGACAAGAUUGGCCCAUUCAAGGAGAGGGCAAGGCUGAACAAGAUGUCUAUUGGUGAACUUCUGUAUGGUUGGUUUGCGUUCUAUUCAGAGGUGAGGACACCGGAUGGACACCGGUAUGAUCAGCACAUCUUGAGUAUCAGGACAGGUACAGCCUUGGACAAAUUUUCAAUUGGCUCCGUCUAUAAAUCGGUUGACGGCAGGCGAAUGGAUAAAUCGAUGUCGAGGCCCCUGGUGAUUGAGGAGCCAUUUAUGCAAUGGAACACCGCUGCUGCCGUCUCUGAGUACGGGAUGAAGUGGGUGCUAUCCGAAUUCAAUAGAGCGUAUAGGAUGUUGCGCUUUGAGGAGCUGCCUGAACGGAUAUUCAGUACCCGUUGGUGA